AAUCAGUCCACCAGAAGAGAGAAAAUAGACAUGUGUUACAAUUGCUGGGUCCAGUAGUCCCGUUUGAUUUUUAUAUUCAUCUUCCUUCUCGCAUCAUCCCACUGAGCCCUCGUCGUGACGAGUCAAUGGCCUUUCCCCUCCAGCGGGGCAUCACGCCCCCGGAGAUCUCCUUCCUGGCCGAGAUGGAGAUGGUCUCAAUUGUGCCUCGCCAGCGAUUAGAGGGCCUUGAGCUAUUAGGAGGACCUGUUGAACCGUUAAUCCCUCCUCGUCGAGCAAAUAUCCCGUUAUGGCUCGCUCUCCUCCUUAAACGCCAACGCCGCGCAAACAUCCUCCCUCCUCCAUGGCUUCAUCCCGAGUACCUAACUAUGAUCCUCGACAUUGAAACACAGCACCACGACUACAAAGAUGCCUUCUCCCCUCCAAUGACACUACCAGGACAACCAGGUCUAUAUGACCGUGAUCAGAGACCCGUUGCCCGACCCCGGUAUACCCCCGAAGGCCAGCGAUACUAUCCAACACCUCCAUUCCUACCCCAGAACGUAGCGAAGGAGCAGGAAUCAGACCAGGCACCAGCAUUACCAUUUCAUUGGCUUGAGGUGGGGACAAUGCUGCUGGACGUAGCCAGUGAUGAUUUGGUAGAGCCGGACCAAACCCGGAGGCUCUUGAAAGAGCUGCGAGAAGUGCGCACAGCUAAGAUCCGCUCUGGGGUGGAAGUACUAGACAGCGCGGCAACGGCGGGAGGUGGCGUAGCCCUGACUGGGGUUGGGGCGAUGGAAAUCGGGGAGGGGAGAGGUUUUAUUGUUGGCGUGGUUGACGGACUCCGACGUAUUGGUGCAUCGAAAGAACAGGCUCAUCGCGAGCACAUGGCAGAAGAAAUGGCCAAUGGUGAAUAUGGCGCCACGCAGGACGACGAGGAUGACGACAUGGAGUUCUGAAACGACUUUUUUGGUAUUUCCUUUUCUGCAACCUGGAGUUACGGAAGGUACAACAAGGUGGCGCAUUUUCGCCUAUCCAACGGAUUCAUAUGUAUAUAUACCCUAUCUUUCCUUGCUGUAAAUGCAGGUAAUCUGAUUCAACCUAACACCAUGAACAUGCGACGCUUUGCUGCAGGACCAAAGAAAGGAGGAGGUGAGUAACGACGAAACAGAAACGACCAACGAAACAACUAAUAUGAGGUAAAAUAAGGAGGGUAUGUUGUUAAAAAAAAAAAAAAAAAGGCAACUUGCUGGGCAAACUCGCACAACCUCGGCCCGCAGAAGAUCUUACAUCCAGUCGACAACAGUACGAGUUGUUCAAGUGUAGUCGAAGCCACAGCGCGAAACAUACUGAAGAUUU